AUGAGCGCACGGGCAUGAAACAUGGCUGCCCGGCUGUCAGCGGGGCCGCGUCCCCGGGCGGGAUGCUGAGGAGCCCGCGCGGGGGUGCCACACGCGUGCGUGCGCUCGGCAGGAGGAAGCACAAGGUCACACUCGCGCCUUCCUCCUCCUCCUCCAUGGGAGCCGGGGGCGAGGAGGGAGGCGGGCUGCGCGCGCGUGGCCGCGUGUGAGGACCGGGCUCCUCGCUCCCCGAUGGAGCCGGGCAGCGUCCUGAGGCGCUGCUGCUUCUCCCCCUCCUCGUCCUCGCUGCUGCUGCUGGAGGCCAACAGCCGCCUGCUCCUCCACGGCUUCCUCUACCUGGUGCUGUACGCCCAGGUGUCCCAGGGCAAGCCCUGCGACAGAGCCUCCUGCUUCGCGGGCCGCUGUGUCAACGCCACCUGCCUCUGCGACCAGGGCUGGGUGGGAGACCAGUGCCAGCACUGCCAGGGCCGCUUCAAGUUGACAGAACCCUCUGGAUACUUAACAGAUGGCCCAAUAAACUAUAAAUAUAAAACUAAAUGCACAUGGUUAAUUGAAGGCUAUCCUAAUGCAAUACUUAGAUUAAGAUUUAAUCAUUUUGCCACAGAAUGUAGUUGGGACCAUAUGUAUGUUUAUGAUGGCGAUUCAAUAUAUGCACCUUUAAUAGCAGUAUUUAGUGGUCUAAUUGUCCCAGAAGUACGUGGAAAUGAAACUGUUCCUGAAGUAGUUACUACAUCUGGAUAUGCAUUACUACAUUUUUUUAGCGAUGCUGCUUAUAACCUAACUGGUUUUAACAUUUUUUACUCGAUCAAUUCCUGUCCUAAUAAUUGCUCAGGGCACGGGAAAUGUACAACGAGUGUCUCCAUUCCAAGCCGGGUAUAUUGUGAAUGUGACAAGUAUUGGAAAGGUGAAGCCUGUGAUAUUCCCUAUUGUAAAGCUAACUGUGGCAGCCCAGAUCAUGGCUACUGUGAUCUGACAGGCGAGAAGCUGUGUGUAUGCAACGAUAGCUGGCAAGGUCCUGAUUGCUCUUUGAAUGUCCCUUCCACGGAAUCUUACUGGAUUUUGCCCAAUGUGAAGCCAUUCAGUCCUUCUGUAGGUCGGGCUUCCCAUAAGGCAGUUUUACAUGGAAAAUUUAUGUGGGUGAUUGGUGGAUAUACCUUUAACUACAGCUCAUUCCAAAUGGUGUUAAACUAUAAUUUGGAAAGCAGCAUAUGGAAUGUAGUACCAGUUUCAAAAGGACCUCUUCAGAGAUAUGGACAUACUCUUGCUUUAUAUCAGGAAGACAUCUAUAUGUAUGGAGGCAAAAUUGAAACAAAUAAUGGGAAUGUUACUGAUGAGUUAUGGAUUUUCAACAUACAGAGUCAAACAUGGAGUACCAAAACUCCUGCAGUACUAGUGCAUGGCCAGCAAUAUGCUGUGGAGGGUCAUUCAGCGCAUAUAGUAGAGUUGGACAGCAGAGACGUUGUUAUGAUCAUCAUUUUUGGAUACUCUGCAAUAUAUGGUUACACUAGCAUCAUACAAGAGUACUACAUUAGAUCUAAUUCUUGGCUUGUGCCAGAAACAAAAGGAGCAAUUGUACAAGGUGGAUAUGGUCAUACUAGUGUAUCUGAUGAAAUGACAAAAUCCAUUUAUGUUCAUGGUGGAUACAAAGCACUACCUGGCAAUAAAUAUGGAUUGGUGGAUGACCUUUACAGAUAUGAGGUUAAUACUAGGACAUGGACUAUCAUGAAAGAGAGUGGCUUUGCAAGGUAUCUUCAUUCAGCCGUUCUCAUCAGUGGAGCUAUGCUCAUUUUUGGAGGAAACACCCACAAUGACACUUCUUUGAGUAAUGGUGCAAAGUGCUUUUCUGCUGACUUUCUGGCAUAUGACAUAGCUUGUGAUGAAUGGAAAAUUUUACCUAAACCUAAUCUGCAUCGAGAUGUGAACAGAUUUGGGCAUACUGCCGUUGUCAGUAAUGGGUCCAUGUAUAUAUUUGGGGGAUUUUCAAGUGUUCUUUUGAAUGACAUCCUUGUGUACAAGCCUCCAAACUGUGAAGCAUUUAAAGAUGAAGAACUAUGUAAAAAUGCUGGUCCAGGGAUUAGAUGUCUGUGGAACAAAAACCAUUGUGAACCCUGGGAAUAUGGGCAAGCUAAUAAUGUCCUUAGAGCAAAGUGUCCCAAAAAAUCAGCUGCUGCUGAUGAUAGAUGUUACAAAUAUGCAGACUGUGCUAGCUGUUCUGCCAAUACAAAUGGGUGCCAAUGGUGUGAUGACAAGAAGUGCAUUUCAGCAAACAGUAACUGCAGUAUGUCGGUCAAAAACUACACCAAAUGUCAUGUGAGAAAUGAACAGAUCUGUAACAAGUUGACAAGCUGUAAAAGUUGUUCUCUGAAUCUGAACUGCCAGUGGGAUCCGCGGCAGCAAGAAUGCCAGGCCUUACCAGCUCAUCUGUGCGGGGAAGGAUGGAGUCACAUUGGAGAUGCCUGCCUCCGCAUAAAUUCUAGUCGUGAAAGCUAUGACAAUGCCAAACUUUAUUGUUACAAUUUAAGUGGGAAUCUUGCCUCAUUAACAACAUCAAAAGAAGUGGAAUUUGUUUUGGAUGAAAUACAGAAGUAUACACUUCAGAAAAUUUCACCUUGGGUAGGUUUACGCAAGAUCAACAUCUCCUAUUGGGGAUGGGAUGAUAUGUCUCCUUUUACAAACACAACACUGCAGUGGCUUCCUGGAGAACCAAAUGACUCUGGAUUCUGUGCCUAUCUAGAAAGAGCAGAGGUGGCAGGCCUGAAAGCUAACCCAUGCACUGCUAUGGCAGAUGGUCUUGUCUGUGAAAAACCUGUUGUUAGCCCCAAUCAGAAUGCUAGACCAUGCAAAAAACCAUGUUCCCUGAGAACUACAUGUUCCAACUGCACGAGUAACGGGAUGGAGUGUAUGUGGUGUAGCAGUACAAAACGCUGUGUUGACUCAAAUGCCUAUAUAAUCUCCUUCCCAUAUGGACAGUGCCUAGAGUGGCAGACAGCCACCUGCUCUCCUCAAAACUGCUCUGGAUUGAGGACCUGUGGGCAGUGUUUGGAGCAGCCUGGAUGUGGAUGGUGCAAUGAUCCCAGUAAUACAGGAAAAGGGCAGUGUUUGGAAGGAUCUUCCAGAGGACCAGUGAAGCCUGCCGGGGUGCACUCUCAUGAAAUGGUCCUUGAAACUAGUCUGUGCUCAAAAGAGAAAAAUUAUGAAUGGUCUUUCAUCCAUUGUCCAGCUUGCCAGUGUAAUGGACACAGCACCUGCGUUAAUGGCAAUGUUUGUGAUCAAUGUAAAAAUCUGACAACAGGAAAACAAUGUGAAACAUGCAUGCCAGGAUAUUAUGGGGAUCCAACAAAUGGAGGACAGUGUACAGCUUGCACAUGCAGUGGACACGCCAAUGUUUGCCACAUGCAAACAGGAAAAUGUUUCUGCACAACAAAAGGGAUCAAAGGAGACCAGUGUCAACUCUGUGACUCUGAAAACAGGUACCUUGGAAAUCCACUCAGGGGAACAUGUUACUACAGCCUUUUGAUUGACUACCAGUUUACCUUCAGCUUAUUACAAGAGGACGAUCGCCACCACACUGCCAUAAACUUCAUAGCAAAUCCUGAACAGUCGAACAAAAAUUUGGAUAUAUCAAUUAAUGCAUCAAACAACUUUAACCUCAAUAUCACAUGGUCUGUUGGCUCUACAGCUGGAACAAUAUCUGGAGAAGAAAUUCCUGUUGUUUCUAAGGCUAACAUCAAAGAAUACCGAGAUAGUUUUUCUUGUGAAAAAUUCAACUUUCGAAGCAACCCAAACAUCACAUUCUAUGUAUAUGUCAGCAAUUUUUCAUGGCCAAUCAAAAUACAGAUUGCCUUCUCACAGCACAACACCAUCAUGGAUCUUGUGCAGUUCUUUGUCACCUUCUUCAGUUGCUUCUUGUCCCUACUGCUGGUAGCUGCCGUCGUUUGGAAAAUCAAACAAACCUGUUGGGCUUCUCGACGGAGAGAGCAACUUAUGCGGGAGCGACAGCAGAUGGCCAGCCGCCCCUUUGCUUCUGUCGAUGUAGCACUGGAAGUAGGAGCUGAGCAAACAGACUUUCUACGAGGGCCAUUAGAGGGUGCUCCUAAACCAAUUGCCAUUGAGCCUUGUUCAGGAAACAAAGCAGCGGUCCUUACUGUAUUUUUAUGUCUGCCAAGAGGAUCGUCAGGAGUCCCACCCCCUGGGCAAUCAGGUCUUGCAAUUGCAAGUGCCCUGAUAGACAUUUCACAACAGAAGCCUGCAGACUGUAAAGAUAAGAGUUCAGGAGUCAGAAAUCGAAAACAUCACCUCUCAACACGUCAAGGAACUUGUGUCUGAGAUCUAGAAACUGCACUUGUAUAUUCUGUAAUGUUUUCUUUUUAAAUGGCUUCCAUUGAAAGCUAUACUACAGCCUCAGUUUUUAUGGAGGCAAAUCUAUGGAUAAUGGUGAUAGGUAAAUAUGUGCUCUGUUAUAUUCACACUUGCAAUCUACUGUGCCCCAAAGCAGAACAACCUUAUGACGAAUAUGAGUAUACUGAUCAGCUUUAGAUGAAGCAACAGAUUCUGAUAUCAUCAAAAUAUAAAAUAAAUGCAACAGCUUUCUUAAUCCUGAGCAAAUCAGAGGGGGGGAAAGUCUUGACUACAGCUAGGAGAGACUAUGUUAUUUUGUAAUGAAGAAAGAAAUUGUAUAAUUGAAAAUUAAGCUUAACCCUGGGACGCUGAAGGACAUUUUUAUAGCUUAACACCAUGUUAAGAAUUGUACAGAUUUUUCUUCUUUCGAUCAGCAGUAAGAUAUUCUUUCAGAAAGGACUAACUGAAAAGGCUGAAUUGAAUUUAGGUGUUAUUUUAUCAUUUUCCAAAUGUGAAGGACGAUUUUGAAUGAACAGUUAUUGCAAAAAUUAAAGUGCAUAUAUUUCAGUGAUCAUACCAUAUGAAAAAACUUGAGUUGAACAUAUCAUAGUUUUUUACUUUCCUAAAGGCCCUGAAGUCGAGUCUGGGCUACAAUCGAAUGAUGUGUGGACAGUACUAUUCCACUUCAUGAGAUUUAUUAGACGUCUGAAUGAGAGCUAUAUUCUAAGCGUUGGUCUUCCUUGCCAACUGACUAACUCGUUACUAGAACUGACUGAAAAUUGAAAAGCCUGUUUUGCAAUCAAGUUCUUUGUUUUUCCAAAAGCUAUCUCCAGGAUUGCAAACUGAGGGAGAGUUUCACUUGCUGUUGCUGUACAGUAGUCUACCUACUCCUGUUUCCUAUUGUAACAUCCUAAAACGACUAUAAAUGGUUUCCUUUCACCUCCUAGCAGAACUGCACCCCAACCAGCUCAUUGACCCUUCUCUAAUAAAUUGUGGACUUCUCUUCUAACUGUAGAGUUUCACAUGCUCUACAAUUUCGUCCUAUUUAGAGUAUUUUCUUGAACACCAAAAAACCCCCCCAAACAAACCCAAAAAACAAACCAGCACAAAACCAGCUUGGUUCCAAGAGUGGUUUUCAGAUAAUUCAUUUAGUAUGAGACCUGACCAAAUCAGCAUUCAGCAGCAAAAAAAAAACCUAACAGGAGAGCAUCCUCUGACUGUCUGUUAGUCUAACAAGCUCUGAGGGGCUUGUUACCUCAGUAAGCACUCCAGCAAACAGCCUCUUACAGCCCUCUUCGCUGUCUUUUCAUUUAGCCAUAAUGCUGAAACGUAGCAAAAUCAAGAGAGACUAAUAAGGGAGAGGUAGCAGAUGGGUCCUAUUCUCAUUUAUGCAUUAAAUGUCAAUGGCAGUUGGUACAAACUCAAGAGUUUUGGUAGGUCUUACUUAGAAGUGCAGUUUAUGAACUCCAAGUUUGCCAAGGUGCUAAUGUAGGGGAGAGCCGGAGAGGUAUAAAUGCCUCUAGUAUAUCAUAGAGUUUUGGUAAAUAUGAAAGAUAUUUAAAGAUAAUUGAUGUUUUACUACUAUAUCUGUAUUUUUCAUUUUCUUUUUCUUUUGGGAAGGUGAUGACAUUUUAAUGUUUACAAUUGAUUACAUAGUUACUUGCAUGCCAUGAUGGUGCAGUAGCAGUAAUAAAGCCCUGUUGUGAGUUGAUUGUGUUUAUUUUGUAUUGCCAUUCAUACCUAGAACUACUCUAUUUAAUUUGGAUGAGGACUGAAUGUAAAAAAUACAUAUAAAAAGGAAUGGUUGUACAGUAUGUAGUUACAUCUUAUACAGGAUUAUUAGGUUGCAUCUAACCAUGACUGCUAUAUCGUUUUUAUAAAUUAUGCAUUUAUGAAUUAUGGUAUAAUUAUUCAUUAUGCUGGCAUGAUUGUUUCAAUCUUUUCAUAUCUUAAAAUAAGAUUAUUAUUCUAAUAUAAUGCCAUCACCAAAUUAUCCUUUUAUUGGCCGUUCUGACCUCAUGCCCUGAUUUCUGAAAACCUAAGAAAUCCAUUUCUAAAGCUUCUGUUGAGAUUAUUCAAUCCAUCCUAUGAAAUGCAAAAAACCCUUUUUAUUUUUAAAAUAACCCCUUGUAUCAGUUUUAAUGUUGAUCUGCUCAAGGUAAAGCGAGCCAGUAGAACUGGUGUGUAUGGUGACUAAGCCAUUACAAACAGGAUAAAAAGAAAUAAGCCAAUUUACUGGAAAAUUUUGCAAAUUCUAUACUCUCAUUCUAAAUAUUACAUAUGAGAAAUAUACACUGUAUGUUUUAUGUAUACGUGUUUCCGAGACCCACUGUACACAGGACAUGUAUUCUGCAGAAUGGUUACUCUGACUGGAAUCUGUUGGACUUUGAGAUGACUUGAAAAGCAAAUGUAAGUUUUAAAAGUGUUUAUUGUUUAUUUAUUUCAGCACUUGAGAUGGGCAGAUAUCAAUCAGAUAUUUUUUAAGGGGCGACUUAAAACAAUGUCAUUUUUAUUGUUCAAGUAAAGUAUCCGUGUCCUGGGACCAUUCAACAUUUUCAUUCAGUUUUGGAGUACAUUUUCUAACACUUCUUGCUCUUUCUUCUCUCAGACUCCUUGGGCACAUCUGCAUGUGCGCUUAACUGCAGAGUAGACUAAUUAGCUCCGCAGUAAAGCAUUGCUGCCUACAUGUGUGCUCAUAUUAGGGUGCAGUAAACUAACUCCACUGUCCGGGACAAGUACUAUCCUACAGUGGUGUCGUUACGUGCACUAAAAUGCUUGUGUAGGCAGCGACCGGAGCUGGCUAGGGCAUGAGGGUGCUAUGGUGUGGGGCUAGUACCCCACACUUUAGUAGCCUCAUGCCCCAGCCAGCCCCUCUGCAGCACGAUAAGUCAUGCCAGAGCAGCUCCUGGGUGGCAGGCUGACCCCACGGGUUCCCUGCCAGCCAGGACUAUUCUGCCCCAACUCAACCUGCUGCUGUCCUGUGGUGCUUGUGUAAAUGCUGUGCUCAGGAACAAUAAACUCUAGACUGCACCAGAAUGUAUUGCCAUGUGCUAAUUGCAUGUGUAGAUGCACCUAUUGGCCAUAUCCAUUAAUGCAUGGACAUUUGCUUUCCUGGGGACAUCUAGCGGCAGAGCAAGGUGCAUUGCUGCUAGUUGUCCCUGAGGAACGCUUGUGCCACGCACAGUCUGGUGCACAGCAAGUUAACCCGGGUGGUGUAGGGGAGGCUGGGGCCAGCACUGGUCUGGGCCCAACAGCCUUACCUGGGAUCCUGGGGGCUUCCCGGGGCUGCAGCAGCGGUGAUCCUGCUGCAUGGAGCCUGACCGGCAGCAGAGUGCAGCUCUGGCUUUGGGCUAUGCACGCUGCCGCCGCAUGCAGCACUCCACUCCUUUUUUUAUAGGUUUCCACUUUUUUUUUCUGCUCUCACAGUGCAGAAGACAACUGAAUAUAUGAUAUGUGGCAUCGCAGACGUGUGUUAAGCGCCACGUAUUGCAUGGCCAUGCUCGUCUGGCCAUGGACAUUGGGUCCAAAUUACUAAAAAAAAUUAAAAUAAAAAGACAACAUUCUCUUCUGAAACUUCAGUUUCUGACUAACCAUGAAUAGUCUGUAUUUUACAUGUACAAAAAUACUGUGGUGUCUCAAAUACCAUUUUAUGCCAAUUGUUGGCAAAUACUGAUCUCUUCCUUAAUGAUGGCCAGUGUACACCAGUGACGGUUUUUUUCCUGGGCUUUUUGAUGAAGCCAGUAUUGUUCACUGCUCUGCUCCCACAACACACUUUGAACUCUUGAUAAGAUUCAGAAAAUGUUGAAUGAACCUUUUUAAUCAAAAUUGUCAUUUUAUGUUGCACUAAAAAUAUCAAGCUAGCCCUUCAUUUAUACAGUGGCUCAUGAAUGAAACUCUGACCAUCAGGACUCCAUAUUUUUUCUCUAAACCAAUCAUUAAUACUCCUGAGGGAAAAAUUACAGCCAUGACUCACUGUUAAAGAUCAAUAUAACAGACGUUGCAGACAAUAGCAUGUUUUCUUCUCUGUUUCCCUCUAUUUAUAUUUUUCCAUUCUUUCAUUAAGUUACUUAAAUAUAACAUGUAAAUAAGUAACACAUUAGCAUAUGAGGUCUGUUAAUUGUAGUUCCUUGUAAAUUAAUGAAUUGCUAGUGUACUUACAAAAAAUGAGUGUUUGUCUGUACAUUGCUUCAAUGAAUAUGAUACCUAACCAAUAUCAUAAGGCAAUUUAAAGAUGCUUCCUAAGAGAAACGCAUGUCUUUAACUGGGAAAGUUCAGAUUCACCUCUGAUUGCAAAUUUUCCCAGCUGCCCUUUCUCCAGGUAGCAGGGUAGUGUUCAGGAUGUUCAACGUUUUGACCUUGAUAUAGACCCUGUUACACAUAAAACCAGCAGCAAUGAUAUCUUUCCAAAACAAUUUAAAAUGUAAGACUGGAAUCCUGAUGGUAAGAAUUUUAGUUUGUGUCCAUGUUAACAGUUGUUCAGGCUUUACCCCUAGCAGAUUUGAUGGUAUUCAUCUAAAUUGCAAAAUCAUUAUGUACCUAAUUUCAUUACCACUUUUAUGAAAACCACCCAAAGGAUUUCCCGACAAUAAAGGUAAAGUCUCUGUUAAAGGUA